CGGGUGUUUCCCCAGCAAUUUCAAAACAACUUCGAGUUUGAUGUUGUAGGCACCAAUUUAUAUAACUUGGCUUUUUAAGUAAAAGACAAUUAUCUAAAUAAACCAAAUGCUUUAAUAUGGAUGGACCAGAUGCAGUUAUCGACUGCUUGGUGAAUGUGUGCGACAAGGUGCAAGACUUUAUUGCUGAAAUCGAGGAAAAUAAGUUCAACCUUGUUAACUGGACCAAUCAGUUAAGAGACUCAACUGACAAGAUACUUUCCAAUCUCUCACAAAACCUUGACGAAUUACGAACAACACUAAAAUCUCAAUGGGUAAAAAAAGGUGAAAAACAAACCCAAAAUUCUACAACCUUAAACCAGAUUGAGGAUUGUAAUGCAAAUCAAAUUCUCUCUACACCUAAAUCAAAACAAGAAAAAAGAACUUUCAAAUUUAAGUCGGUAAAAAAGUCUCCAUCUUUAACUCCAGGAAAAUGGUCAAUAAAAGAUAUAAAUGAUUUUGAUUUUGAAAGUUUAAUUCAGGAAGAAGAAGAUUUGAAGCAGGAAACAGAAAAGCCUGUGAUGAGAAAAGACAAAGUUGAAGAUCUGUUUGGGGAUGAAGUUGAUUUUGAUUUAGAAGAUAUUGAUAAAAUUGAAGAAAUGUACGUGGGAAGCUUAGAAAGCAAACCUUCUCCGGGAUUUAGUUCUUCUUACGAGAAAAAAUCAUCACCAGAUUGUUACAUAAUACCAGCAGACUAUGGUUCUUGUUCAAUAGCCGACAAUGACUUCGAUAAUAUUGAAGAUUCUAAAUCAUCGGAUUUAGAUACAAGUACCACACUGGAUGAUCCAAAAUAUAUCGCUCCUGAAAAACAAUACACAGAUGUAUUGAAGGAAUAUUUCGGACAUUCUAAAUUCCGCCCAAUGCAAUGGAAAAUCAUCAACACUGCACUGAAUGAUGGGAGAGACCAAUGUGUGGUCAUGGCUACCGGUUAUGGAAAAAGUUUGUGUUACCAAUACCCCCCUGUGUACCUGGAUAGUACAGCAAUAUGUAUAUCACCUUUGAUUUCUCUAAUGGAGGACCAAGUACUUAAGCUUCAUACCAGCAACAUCCCUGCAGCUUUCCUUGGAUCAGCGCAAAAGAAUAAACAGGAGACAUAUAGGGAUAUGAUGGGUGGAAAAUUUCGUGUUGUUUACAUCACACCUGAAUAUGCUGAGUCCUGCUCGGAUGUUUUGGAGGAACUCAACCGUAACGUUGGAAUUUCAUUGAUCGCGAUUGACGAAGCCCAUUGUGUGUCACAAUGGGGUCAUGAUUUUAGAGCUGCUUAUCGUAAUCUUGGCCGACUGAAAACUAUUCUACCGAAAGUACCCAUCAUAGCUUUGACAGCCACUGCCACCCCAGAAGUUCGAAAAGAUAUCUGCAAUUCCCUGCACCUUAAGAAUGCUCUGAUUACAUGUACAAGCUUUGACAGGGUGAAUUUAUAUCUCGAUGUAUACAAGAAGUCGGGUGAUCCAGCUGCAGACCUACGUGGGUUAAUGAAGCAAAAAACUGUCCGAAAUAAAACUGUUUAUUCAUUUGAGGGUCCGACUAUUAUCUACUGCCCAACAAAAAAGGACACUGCAAAGUUGGGACAAGCAGUAAAGAGCCUUGGAGUAAGGUGUCUAAUCUACCACGCUGGUAUAUCUAUGGAAAGAAGAAGUGAGGCACAUCAUAAGUUUGUUCGUGAUGAGGUUGAGUGCAUUGUGGCAACAGUUGCUUUUGGUAUGGGUAUAGACAAACCUGAUGUGCGAAAAAUAAUCCACUAUGGUGCGCCAAAGGACAUCGAGAGCUACUACCAGGAAAUAGGUCGUGCAGGCAGAGAUGGCCUUCCUGCUACUUGUCAUACUUUUUUCACAUCCGGAGAUUUCAACACUAAUAGAUUUUUCCUGCGUGAUAUAUCUUCCGCCAAAUUCAAAGACCACAAAGCUGGAAUGAUUCUUAAAAUGGAGCAAUACCUCACCACUACUAGCUGCAGGCGUAAAGCAGUUCUAUCACAUUUUGAUAAACGGGCAGAGAGCAGCAUCUUCGGUACUGAGAAGUGCUGUGAUAACUGCAGGUCUAGAUCAAAACAAUUAAAAGGUAUGGGCUUAUCAGUAGAAAAUGCGACACCAGUAGAAGAAGAGUUUGAUUUUUCAAAAGAAGCACAACAACUUUUUGAAGCUGUUAAAAUAACAGGCGAAAAAUUUGGUCUAGGAAUGCCAGUGGCUUUUAUAUGUGGAUCUAAAGGGAAAAAGAUGUUUGAUCGAUUCACACAGCACCCUAAGUUUGGCAGUGGGGGUAACCACAGCCAAAAAUGGUGGCGAGCAUUGGGGAAAUCUUUACUAAAUGAGCAAUAUCUCAAAGAAAAACAAAUGAGAAAGGGAUCAUUUGGAGCAACUGUCGAAAUUGGUCCCAAGGGCCAGGAAUGGAUUGGUAAACGUCAGUUUUCUUCUAACUUGCCUCUUAUGCUCGUUCCUACCAUUGAUCUUACAAAUCGUGAGAUGCGGACAUCUAGUGGUCCAUCCAAUCCCACAGUCAGCACCACCGAGGGGGGUAAGACAUUACUUCCACUUAUUCCUGGUGCUGGUUCAAUGUCUAAAGAGAAGCUUAACAAACUCACUCUUGGUCCUUACUUACCCACUAACCCCACUUUAAAUGUGGUCAAGAAACCAACAACAGUGGACAAGCAUAGUGGACCCCUUUAUAGAUUACUGUUGGCACUUAGAAACGAAAUUGCACAAGAUAUGGAUAUACCACCUCAUCUGGUUGCCAACAACAAGGAUUUACUGGAACUUUCCAAAGCUCGACCAAGCACAAAGGAUCGUCUGUUGAGAGUAGAUGGUAUGUCGGUUGUAAAAGUCAAACGUAUCGGAGAGCCAGUUCUUGUGGUAAUCAACUCCUACUGUACGGAGCAUGAGGCAAGUUUUGAUAACUUUGAUGAUGAAGAUGAAGAUUUUCUUCCUCCAUCUCAAGCAGCGAGGAAGAGGAAUGACACAGGAGUUCCAACCAAGCCAAUCACUGACACUGUCAGGACGACCUACAAUCUUUUCCAUGAACGUUGUUUAACAUUGGAGGAAAUUUCAAAGGAACGUGGCUUGCAGAUCUCAACUCUUGGCACCCAUCUUGGUGAUGCUCUAUCGGCUUGUUAUCCCGUUUCAUUUCGGCAUCUUGGGAUCACUGAGGACCUUAUCAACCUCGUGGAGGACACAGUACGAAAACCCCCAAUUAACUCAGAUGUAAGUCGCUUGGUACCUGUUAAAGAUAGGUUAGGGUCGUCUGUUGAUUGGAGCCAGUUAAAAAUAAUUCGAACUUAUCUCACCCAUAAGUAUGGCCUGGUAGCUGCAAACCAACCACCUGUUGCCACACCCAAACCUGCAUCUCCGGCACACACUGUAAAAUCUAAAGGAUUUCAACCACCAGUAAGAAACUCUAGUUACAACACACCUUCAUCAAGUUCCAAUACCCAACAACCUGGACUGCUACAAAUUUCAUCAAAGCGUGACUUUUCCCGUUCCUUCCUUGAAACACCUGUACAGUUAGCAUCCAACACUGGUUCGAUCACUUUAACUGAAGAUAGUCCCAGUACUUCAAAUUACUUUGGCGAAAGAUCUUCUACUAAGAAAAGGAAACUGCCAGCUUGGGGAAAAGGCACAAGCAACAAUGCAAAGAAGAAAUUUACUUUCAAAAGAAAAUCAAACAACUUUUUGUAGCUUGAAGCUACAAUAAAAUGGCUUUAUCAUUGUUUCUUCAUUUAUCUUUUCGCAAUAAAUUAAAAAACUGCCUUUGUUUAAUUUUAGCAAGCUGCGUGUGUUUUGUGCUCAAUUUUGUUUACUGCUGUCCAUAAUAUGAUCCUUAUUUAUUAAGAAUGGGAAAGACACAGUGCCCUAUUUAUCUGACAGUGGCAUUGAUUCGUAUAUACUAUGCAAACAUUCAUUAUAAAGCGACUGGUGCUGGUUUAUUAAAACAUUUUUUUUUU